GCUCUUUCCUCGUUCCCGGGUGCUUCAUACGCUCGGCGUGAGGGAGGAGGAGGGGGGAGUAACCGUUGCCGGUUCUGCGCGAGCGAGAGAAAGAAAGAGAGAACUGAGGUUCCUUCCUUCCUCCCUGAGCGGAUUCUCGUGCUUCCCGCUCACCGGUGCUGCCAGCGGGAUGUGUCGGCAAGUUCCCAGCCGUAGCAGCAGCAGUGCUUGAAGGAUGUGGCGGAGGCGGCGCCGGUGGCUGUCGUAACACCGGCUGUGGAGGAACUCGGGAGCGCUCCGGUCGAUCUGUAGCUGGGCCCGUAGCGCCGGGGAAAGAAUCCCGCCUGGACCCCGGCGGCAGUCGACCCGCCCUAGGCUGCUUUCCUGCCUCUGCUCUCCCCGCUCCCUUCCAGGCCCUCGCGAGCCGGGGCUUGGGCGACGACGGCUCCGCAAGCCCCAGCGGCCUAGCAUGGCUUCUUCGUCCGGGAACGACGAUGACCUCACGAUCCCCCGAGCGGCGAUCAAUAAGAUGAUCAAGGAGACGCUGCCUAACGUGCGGGUGGCGAACGACGCCCGGGAGCUGGUGGUGAACUGCUGCACCGAGUUCAUCCACCUCAUCUCCUCCGAGGCCAACGAGAUCUGCAACAAGUCCGAGAAGAAAACCAUCUCUCCCGAGCACGUCAUCCAAGCUCUAGAAAGUUUGGGUUUCGGCUCCUAUAUCAGUGAGGUGAAAGAAGUCCUACAAGAAUGCAAAACAGUAGCGUUAAAAAGGAGAAAGGCUAGUUCACGUUUGGAAAACCUUGGCAUUCCUGAAGAAGAACUCUUAAGGCAGCAACAGGAGUUAUUUGCAAAAGCUAGACAGCAGCAGGCAGAGCUGGCGCAGCAGGAAUGGCUACAGAUGCAGCAAGCCGCUCAACAAGCACAGCUUGCUGCUGCCUCAGCCAGUGCAUCCAACCAGGCAGGAUCUUCUCAAGAUGAAGAUGAUGAAGAUGACAUCUGAGAUAUUCCUGGCUGAGUUUUGAUCCCUGCAAAGAAAUAGUUGUCCUACACAACGAAACCCAGUGAAACGAAUGCUUACUCGUAACUUUGUCUGCAUCUUGGACCGGCCGUUGGUAUUUUAGGGAUGUCUGCUGUUGUGUGCUGUACAUGUAAAAACUGUCUCUUUGAACUCUUGAAGACUUAAGGUUCAGUAUCAUAUCAACUUUGGAUUUUUAAUGGUGUUUAUUGAAAUUUUAGAUAGCCGUGCGUCACUUAUUUGAUCAACAGUGUUACAAUAAAAAGUUUAUAAAAUAUAAUGGAAUUUAUACAGAAGCUCUAAAUUCACAUUUACAUGUCUCUUCCCUUUUAACUAUAGAAUCUUAUGUAGAAAAUUUUUAAUUUUUUUUUUGAACAGAAUAGGUGUCUAAUCUGCUUUAGGGAAGAAAAGCAAAGGGUUCAGUGUAAUUUUGUCUGAAUUCUUUGUCCUUUUAAAUUAGGAGAUACAUAAAAUACGGCAAUAAACUAUGUGCUCAAAUACCACACUUGUUAAAAAUCUGAGAAAUGAUACAUUUUUUGCCAAACUAGGAACAUGUAUGUUUAAUAGGAGUUGUACAGAUUCAAUCUUUUUUUGUAUAGGGGUGAGAAAAACCCAAGAUUUUAUUAUGGUAUUCAUUGUCUUGAGCAAAACAAAUUAUUUCAUUUCAAAUACUGCCCACUUCGAGGAACGAAAACAGUUCCUGUUUCAUAGCAGCUUAACUUUAACUAUAGAAGGUAUUACAUGCAUAGUCCAGGCAUGUUCAUAGUGUUCAAAUAUAAAGGUAGAGCUUGAUGGGAGUUAUUUUAAUUCAGUUUUGGCUAGGAAUGCUUCAAUAGUCAGACCUUUAGAAAGAACCCUUGAAACUAAUGAGCAUGCUCACAGUGAGAGGAAUUUUUAUUUAACUCUAAUUCCUUAUUAGUUGUCAACACUUUGUUAACAGUUUUCAAACUAGUGUACCAAUAGAAAAGAUUGUCCUGUGAAACUGCCUGCUUCUUUGUUCAAGUAGGAUUGUAGUUUAUAAAUGAUUCAUUUCCAAGUUUUGGGUGACUGAACUCCUAGACUGACAAACAGGACUUAAAUGAAGCAAAAUUCUUUUGAGUGUGAUGGCAGCAGCCAUUUUUCGUACAUGCACCGCUUGUAUAUUCGCAUUGAAAUAAAGAACAGUAGAGUCCAUUAUAGAAUUUGAAAAUAUACUUGAAGAAAUGUCACAUGUUGUUCUGAUAAUAUGGAGGUUUAAUCUCAAACAUCUUGCAUAUUAUAUGUAGGCAACUGCAUCAGACCACAUUAUGGGACUGUGUGGACUGUAAAUAGCCUUGGUGGCUAUUGAAAAUUGUCCAAGAACUGAGAUCAAAAUGGAGAAAGUCUUGUUUGUGAAUCAGACACCAAUCUGGGAGUCAAAUUAAGGUUUUCUUGAAUCGCAAUUAGUUUAAGAGGGCUCAUAUGAAAUAACAUGCACUCUUCAUACAGUGGUGGCGAAGAGAGAAAUUAGUAUGAACAUUAAGCUGAAACACCUUUGUGGAUUCAGCAGAAAAGUAUUGAACUAGAUCUGGUUAAGGAUCCAGUCUUUGCAAUGGUUGAAGUACCAAAGGUAGGAACACUAGGUUAGUGAAACAAUGUUAACGUGCAGUGUUGGCUUUUCUAAUUUGUACUGUAAUACCUUUACCCUUCCUGUUUUAAAUGAGGUUUUUUUCCUUUUAAGCAAGCAAGAAAGAUAUACUUUCACACUUUUUUCUGAUGCAGGAUUCAGGUUAAUAUUUUACUGCAUCUGGUAUGUAUCAUUUAAUAUGUUGGAAUCCCUAUGACCUUUCUUUGAACAUUCUUGUGCUUUUUCAUAUGCUGUAUUCCUCAAGCAAUAAAAUUCAAAUGUGUUUUUAUAUUUAA